AUGGCGGACGAGGAGGGCGAAGGGCUGCUGCGCUCGGCGGCGGCGCCGCACCGGAACGGCGGCGGUGAGGGGGCCCCGGCGGGGCCGGGCGGCCCCCGCGUAGUCCGUAUCGUCAAGUCGGAGUCCGGCUACGGCUUCAACGUCCGCGGUCAAGUGAGCGAGGGCGGCCAGCUGCGGAGCAUCAACGGCGAGCUCUACGCCCCGCUGCAGCAUGUCAGCGCCGUGCUGGGCGGCGGGGCGGCCGACCGCGCCGGGGUGCGCAAGGGGGACCGCAUCCUGGAGGUGAAUGGGGUGAAUGUCGAAGGAGCAACACACAAGCAAGUGGUGGACCUGAUUCGUGCAGGAGAGAAGGAGUUAAUUCUGACGGUGUUGUCCGUGCCUCCCCACGAGGCCGAUAAUCUCGAUCCGAGUGAUGAUUCUUUGGGGCAGUCAUUCUAUGACUACACGGAAAAACAGGCUGUGCCCAUCUCCAUCCCCACGUACAAGCAUGUGGAGCAAAACGGCGAGAAGUUUGUGGUCUACAACGUUUACAUGGCGGGCCGCCAGCUCUGCUCAAAGCGGUACCGGGAGUUUGCCAUCCUGCACCAGAACCUGAAACGGGAAUUUGCCAACUUCACUUUUCCACGUCUCCCAGGGAAGUGGCCGUUCUCUUUGUCGGAGCAGCAGCUGGACGCCCGGCGGCGAGGGCUGGAGGAGUACCUGGAGAAAGUAUGUUCGAUACGUGUCAUUGGGGAGAGCGACAUCAUGCAGGAGUUCCUGUCAGAGUCGGACGAGAAUUACAACGGCGUCUCGGACGUGGAGCUCCGAGUAGCAUUACCGGAUAUAACAACAGUGACAGUCAGAGUCAAAAAGAACAGCACUACAGACCAGGUGUACCAGGCUGUGGCUGCGAAAGUUGGAAUGGACAGUAUUACCGCAAACUACUUCGCCUUGUUUGAAGUGAUCAAUCACUCCUUUGUGCGCAAACUGGCGCCCAACGAAUUCCCCCACAAACUCUACGUGCAGAACUACACCUCGGCAGUGCCGGGAACGUGCCUGACCAUCCGGAAAUGGCUCUUCACUACAGAGGAGGAGGUUCUUCUCAAUGACAACGACCUGGCGGUCACCUACUUCUUCCAUCAGGCUGUUGAUGAUGUCAAGAAAGGCUACAUCAAAGCAGAGGAGAAGUCCUACCAGUUACAGAAGCUGUGUGAGCAGAGAAAGAUGGUCAUGUAUUUAAACAUGUUACGGACGUGCGAGGGUUACAACGAGAUCAUCUUCCCCCAUUGCUCCUGUGACUCUCGGCGGAAGGGACAUGUGAUCACAGCCAUCAGCAUUAAGCACUUUAAACUCCAUGCCUGCACAGAGGAGGGCCAGCUGGAGAACCAGGUAAUAGCAUUCGAAUGGGAUGAAAUGCAGCGGUGGGACACGGACGAAGAGGGAAUGGCAUUUUGUUUUGAAUACGCACGAGGAGAGAAGAAACCCCGAUGGGUUAAAAUCUUCACCCCCUAUUUCAACUACAUGCACGAGUGCUUCGAACGGGUUUUCUGCGAGCUCAAGUGGAGGAAGGAGGUGGAGGAGGAAGCAACAGACAAGGAUAACAAGAACUGCAGUAAAGACAAUAUGUGCAGCAAGAAUAUCUUUCAGAUGGUCAGGUCACAGCAGAGGGACGCAGCCACUUAGCCCCUCGUCACGGAAGAACGUAACCCCCCCCCAAUUAACACUUAAAAUUCUGUUAUUGUAUUAAAGCCCUUAAACUAAAUAUUAUUAAUAAUAAUACCAUUUGUGAACUUCAUGUUUAUGGAAUUAAGCAACUAGGGUAAAUGGCAGGCUUGGCCGAGAAAAGAGGGGAAAACAGUGUUGGAUGGCAGAGGAGCUGCCCGAGGGCGUUCUGUCCCCUCCUUCCACUUGGGUCCUGUUCCAGAAGAUGGACUGUGCUUUUAUUUUUUACAACUGGAACUAGAAACAUCAUCCAUUUGCACUGGUCAGACAUAUAUAUGUAUGUAUGUAAAAAAACAAACAAACCCACCACCCACCCCUAAAAAGCUCUAUAUACAAAUACCGUGCACGUAUAUACAUAUAUAUAUAUUUCUUUUAAAAUUU